AUGAUUAGAUUGACGACAAGACAGUUGAUCAAAUCAAUCAAGCCAAUUCAAUCAAUAAUUAAUAUACAAAAUACAACAUCUCGUCGUAUACUUCUAUCAAAUAUACAACAAAUUAAAUUUUAUUCAUCAAAAGAUCCAUCAUCAUCGAAUAAAAAAGACUCCAAAAAUGAUCCAACUAAACCUCAAUCUAUAUUAAAUGAUGAUAUGUUAGCAAGAGCAGGAUUUGAAGAUAUUGAUCCAUCAAAAGAAAAAAAUAAAACUUCAUCUGAAACCAAUAAUACUAAAGAUUCUGAAUCUGAACCAUUAGAAACAAAUGAAUCAGAAUCUACUGAAUCACAAUCAAAUAGACGUAGAAGAAAAAGAGCUCAAACUUCAAAAGAUAUAAAACGUGAAAAAUAUGCAAAUUAUUUUUAUUUAUCAACAUUUAUUGGAGCAAUUUUAGGUUUAGGUUAUAUGAGUAGAGAUUGGGAUUCUUCAAAGGAACAAGAACAAUUGGAUGGUUUAAAAAUAGAUAAUGGUUAUACACCACAAUUAAUGUAUCAAAGAUUAAAUAAAAGAUUAAGUUCAUUAUUUACAUUUUUUUCAGAACCUGUAUUUGAAAAUUUAUUACCACCACCAGCACCAGAACAAUAUAGAAGACCAUUAACUUUAGUAUUAACAUUAGAUGAUUUAUUAAUUCAUUCUGAGUGGGAUUCAAAAAAUGGUUGGAGAACUGCAAAAAGACCAGGAUUAGAUUAUUUUUUAGGUUAUUUAUCACAAUAUUAUGAAAUUGUAUUAUUUUGUACAAAUUCUCAAAUUUAUUCAGAAAAAGCAGUUGGUAAAUUAGAUCCUUAUCAUGCUUAUAUUUCAUAUGCAUUAUUUAGAGAAGGUUGUAGAUAUAAAGAUGGAAAAUUAAUUAAAGAUAUUUCUUUAUUAAAUAGAGAUUUAGGUAAAACUAUUAUGAUUGAUGUUGAUGAAGAUUCAGCAAGUUUACAACCUGAAAAUUCAAUUAUUGUUAAAAAAUGGGAUGGUAAACCAGAUGAUUAUUUAAUUAAUUUAAUACCAUUUUUAGAAUAUUUAGCAACUCAACCAGUUAAAGAUGUUAGACCAAUAUUAAAUUCUUUUAAUGAUAAAUCUAAUAUUGUUGAAGAAUUUCAAAAACGUGAAACAAUAUUAAGAAAUCAAUGGUUAAAAGAUCAUCCUCAAAAUAAACCAAAUGCAACUCAAUUUUUAACAAAAUUAUUAGGUAUACCACAACAUGAUAUAAAAAUGCCCCUUGAUAUAAUAAGAGAACAUGGUCAAUUACAAUAUCAACAUUUUCAAAAAUAUUUAAAAGAAAAUGCUAAAAAAUUUUUAGAAGAAGAACAAAAAUUAAAAGAUGAAUUUGGUAAAUUAACUUUAAAUAAAUUAAUUACUGAAGGUGCUCCAAAUCCUGAAGAUAUUGCUAAAGUUCAACAACAAAGAGCUGCUGAAGAAGCUGAAAAACAAAAAGCUGUUGAUCAGAUGAAAUAA